AUGUGGUGCGGGUUUGUGACCGUGACCGUCGCCGUGACCGUGACUGACACAGUUCUCCAAAAGAAAACUUGGAGAGAGCCCGUGUUCCCCCCUAUUACCUAUCAGGCCAGUCGGAAGUUUUUAAUGCAAUGGACAAGUCUGGAAGAGAGACAGAGAGACAGAGAGAGAAGAGAGGUGUGUCCAGGGGAGGACGGGAUAGGACAGGAUGGGACGGGAGGUCAAGGGGAUUAA